AUGAAUGAAUUUUUUAGUAUGAAUGAAUUUUUUAGUAUGAAUGAAUUUUUUAGUAUGGACGAUUUUGCAAGGGAAUACUGCCAUCAUUGUGCCUUUAAUUCCGAUUUCAGGGAUAAGGUAUAUGUAGAAAGUCUACAUCUUGGAUACGAUCAUAGAAACUAUCGUGACAGACUAGACGGAAUACACUCACUUGAAAGAUUUAUGCUCUAUGAUGAACAAGUACAACAAAAUCUAAGACUAUACCAACAACAAACAAGACAACAACAACAACAUGAACUACCAUAUCAACAACAAAUGAACCUAGAACAUCACCAGAUAAUGCAACUACGUCAACAACAACAACUAGAAAAACAACAACUAUACCAACAACAAGAACAAGAAAGACAAAGACAACAACAAUAUCAAAGAUUUCAACAAGAUUUUCUAUUUUAUCAAAUUCAACAACAACAUCUUCAACAACUAGAACAACUACAUCAACAAAAGUUACAAAGACUACAACAACAAAAACAACAACAUUUUUUUUGGAGAUACUUUUAA